UAAAUACCAUUUAGUUGGUCCCAGUAGUCCGCAAUGAUGACCUGGAAACUUUUAAUAUGUGUGUUCUUCUUGCUUGUGGAAUUUGGUGGUUACAAAGCCGAUGUGGAAGUUUUUGAAGAUAAAGCCGUAGGUAUGUGUACGGUAAAUGCUAAUGAAUUGCAUGAUGUCGUAAGUUGUGUUAGAGAAAAAGGUGACAGAGGGCUAAAAGGUGAUAGAGGAGUUCCUGGAUUACCUGGAAUGCCAGGAGAUAUAGGUGAAACCUUAAAGGGAGAAAAAGGAGACCAGGGCCCCAAAGGUCCUUCUGGAAGCCAUGGACUUCACGGGACAUGCCUCCAAGAAAUUAAAGUUGAAAAUGACGACCCAGAUGUCACAUUAAGUACCAUUGGAACUGCCGAAAAUCCCGCAAAAUUCAUUUGCAACACUGUAUUCUUUAUUGAAGGUGAAGAGGAAGAAAAAACUCUAACAGGAGAUGUUUGGGUUUAUCCUGAAGACAAGUUUAAAGUAACGUGUCAAAAAGAUACAAAUAGAACUUGUCUUAUACUAAAACCAAAGAAGGAGGAGGUGGCUCAUAAAGAAGCUAUAAAUUAUGCGGCUGAAGAAAGUCCAUUUUGGCUUAGCAACACAACGUUUGAUUUAACAAAAUUCUACAAUAAUGUUACAAUGAAUCAGAUUGAAUGGCUCCAAUCAAAAUCGAACCAAGUGAUCCAGAAGAUAAAGUACCACUGUAAAAACUCGUACGUUGCGGAGUACAAGGAGACUGCACUACGCAUGUUGAGCUGGAAUGAUUUGACAAUCGGCCCAUACACGACUGAUUUUAGUCCAUUGAGCUAUAGUUUACCGCCAGCAAGUCAUGGAUGCACGGAAGAAGCGCCCAAGACGGAAUGGGGUUACACAGAAAUUGUUAUGACAGGUAGCUCGAAACGGCUACCAGUUACUGACUUCCGUAUAUCAGACGUCAGAAGAGAAGACCAAAGAUUAUUUUUGGAGCUAACCGAGCUCUGUUUUGGUUAAAUGUUAAAUAAAAUUUGUAAAUGGCUUA